AGGAGGAGGAAGAGGAGGAGGAGGGAGGAGGUGUAAUGCGAUGGACCUGCUGCCCACCCACCGACUGCUGCUGCUGCUGCUGCCGUUGACAGCGCAGCAUCAUGGGAGCUGUAGGAGGAGGAGGACAGCUGAUUAGCCGAGGAUUGUGGGUCAUCAGAGUUGGAGAGAUGUGAGCUCUGGUGGGCGGACGAGGCUCAACAAUCUCUCUCUCUCUCUCUUCUGUUCUCCAGCUCUCGUCCUGUCCUCUAAUCUCUCCAUCUUCCCUCUCCUCCAUCAUAUAUCUUUAUUUCUUUUCCUCCUAACUUGAACCUGUUCGAGGAUAAAGGAAGGAUGGGUUGUCGUUUCACUCGGACCAAGGCAAAGACUCAUGAACCCGCUCGCCACCGACACGUCGAGGAGGUGCACUUCGUGGACGAGUAUGGCCAACCAAUCACAAUGCAGAUGGAAGGGAAAAGGGGUCGUGGCCACCGGAGGCGGAGGUCUCGGUGCACAAUUGAAUGCAACGCCCCAACAGAGAGGCACUGGGAGGCCCUGAGAGCCAUGGGGCUGAUGGAGGGCGAGGAAGGCCAAGGAGACGGCUACGGGGCAGGGCCCUACUAUGGUCACAUGACCAUGUCACCUGACUUAUACUCAGCCAAUAGUCACAUGAUGAUGUCGCCUGACGUGUAUCUGCCCAAUGGAUACCUGCCCAGAUCAUCCAGUGACCAGCACCCGGGGAACAGCUACCUGCCCAGCGUCUCCUACAGCUUAGACCACCUGGACAGACUGGACUACCAGGGUCCAGACAUGUUGCCCUACCAGCCCAACUCAGAGAGCUGUCUGAUUGGCUGCUACAACUCGGAGGAGGUGGAGCCAAAGAGUUUCCCCAGACAGUCCGACUAUCGUCCUCACUGGAGGUCUGACCGUCUACUCGGCUACCUUCCCCUGAGUGAGCUUGACAGUGGGCUAGGCUGUGGCCCUGACAGCCCGCACCACCGGGUGGCGCUCUCCGAAGCUGAGACAGACGCCAUGUCGUCGCUGCCAGGCCACACCCCUUCCUCCCAAGGCUCCUCCUCUUCCUCUGAGUCCCUCAUCUCGUCUGAACCCAGCGACUCUGGCUUCCACAGCGUCAGCACCGGGGAGCACAGACGGCUGCACAAGAUCCACGGAGGCCACACUCAACGACAAGCUCACCAUCUGCGCUCGGGCCACUCCCCUCGAGAGCAGAGAGGACGCUGGGAUUUGGAGUCCAUCCCUGAGGCAACACAGAUGACCCACCCCGGAGCGCCACAGGCGUCCCGCUGCACUGUGGGAAACAGCACCACCACAACAGUUCACUUCCACAGAGCUGAGAGGAGUCCCACUUUGCCUCGUCACCAUUCGCCACCCUCACCCUCAGUCGGUUGUCGUACUGAGCCUUGCCAGCGGAGGGCGCUGUGGUUAGAGCAGCAGCAGGCUGGAGGACGGAUGAUGGAGCCUCCGGGAAGGAGUCAAACAAUAACCGAUCUGAGUCAAGGACAGCGGCAGCGCAGGGCAAGUCACCCCAACAUGACAGAUCCAAACGCAGUCCAGAACGGCCAGCCGGGUACGACCCCCAAGUCACUGGGGCCCAGGAGCAGGGCCAGUUAUCCCAGUAACUGUCACCCCACCAGUCACCUCAGCAUAGACAGAACCAACCUAACCGGUCACCAGAACUCACCCAGGAACAGCCAGAGCUCAGUUCGCAGCCGGGAGGAGGACUCCCUCUCCAAGAGUCCCGGUUCUGGAUCCAGUGGAACGUCAGACUGGCGUGGCUUUCAGACUCUCGGGAAUCACACCAGCAAACCCAAAGGUCCCUGUGUUCCUUUAUACAGCACACUGGGGGCCCCGCAACGAAGCCCCCACUCUCCGCCCUCUCCCCGCUCCAGACUGUCCAAUCAGAAGUCGGUCAGGAAUCAGCUGCUCAAAGCUCGAGCUUACCGACUGGCCAGGGAGCGCAGUGAGGUCACGACGGACGAGGAGGCGCGAGGAGACGGAGGCAGGGACGGUGAUGAGGAAGGGGAGGACGGCCGACUGGCGGGGCGAUACUGGAGUCGCACCGAGAGGAGGCGUCAUCUGGCGUUGUCACGGCAACACCGAGAGAGGAGAGGAGGGGAGGAGCAAGGCGGGGGAGGUCAGGGGUCGCUGUCAUCUCAGACGGUGCUGGAGCUGAGCCACAUGAAGCAGAACCGACUCAGGAACAGCAAGCUGCUCGACGACUGGACGACAGUGGAGGAGCUGCUGACCCACGGGACCCGAGUGGAGAGCGACAGUCAGCUGUGUCCGAGUCCUCUGCUGUCAGUCACCACGGUCUGAUGGCAAACACGAUCAGCGUUGGUUCCUCAGAUUCAUCACAACUUCACUAAAGAGACCCACUUUGAAAGAUUGGUGAAGAUUUAUGGAACAGAUUGGCAGCGAUGUGGAGACCAGAGAUCAGGUGAUGUUGAGGAACUUUCUCCCCAAAUGUUCAUCCACAUGGAAAACACCGUCCACAACUUCGAUACACCCCCUGAAUUCAAUGUGGUGAUAGUCUGGUGAACCCAGAUGUGGCAGUGGUGAUGGUAUUUUCUUUUCAGAUUGAAGAAAAGCUCCGUCCACGCUAGGGAUGGCCAUAGAUAAGAUUUUAUUGAUACAGAUGCCAUUAUCCAUUAUGUUUAUCGAUCCGAUUCUUUCUUAUCAAUUCCUCCUGUGAAUUUUUGGUUUGGAAAACGUAGGAGUUCAUGGUUUCGUGUAAACAACAGAAAUUUUAUCGAAUUUCUAAAGAAGAGAUAAGAGCUUGUGUAAGUAAACAAAUAGGAAACUGGUCACUGGAUCCUCUCUAGCUCUGAUCUGCUGAGACUUGUUGACCAGAGAUUGUCCAACACGUAGCGCUCUCUGUAUUUAAUGACAUGCGUUGUCGACAAAUGCUUCAGCAUGUUGCUUGCAAGCCUUGAUUGAAAUUACGGAGCUGCAUAAAUUGCACGUUGCACAUGUUCCUUCUGGUGAAAUUAAGUCACUUUGGGCCAUUUCACUCUCUCCUCCAUCGUGUCUUCCUUAUCAUCAUGUGAUGUGAAAGAUGAGCUUUGAGUAAAGAUUAAGGAUUGGGAUAUAGAUGUUGUAAUUUACACACAUAACCAACGCCACCCAAACACUAGUCGGCGCUGUGUCUUUUUUGCCAGUCGGGUUAAUUUUCGUUUCCACAAAUUCUGCCCAAUAUGAUUCAUACAAAUGUCUGUAUCACCAAUCAUUUAAUCUUACCAAUUCCUUAUUAAUCCAAAACAAUCAAUUCAAACAUUGCGGAGAUGGAGAAGCAGCUGGAAAUAUUAAAGCGGAAAUAAGCUGCUACUAAGUGGACCAAUCACAGCUCUUGUAGUUAUUUCUGGGGAGGUGCACAUCAGCUACGAUGCUACACUAGAGGACAAGGGAGUUUACCAAUAUGCGUUGUCUUUUCUGUUGUUGUGAAACAGCAUCAGCACCAUUUGACCAAGUACUCGGCACAGCCAGGGAAAACACUGAUGUACCAAUUCCACCAAAGUCUGUACCUUUGAGUCGGACCGGUCAUGUGCGAAAUACCAAGAAGUCCUAAGUUUGUGCACUUGUAUUAAUAAACACCCAUAGAAGUCGGCGCUUAGUGUGGGCAGUUUGUAAGUAUGUGUUCUUGCAGCUGUUCCAAAUUACUGCGGUACCAUACAGCAUCCUCCUGUUGUCCAGUGUCCGAACUGGACAAGAUUGAUUCUGAAAUGCAAACUGCAGAGAAUGCAAACUUCUUUGUGUCUGCUUCUUAUGAAACCUAAUCAGUUUUUUCCAAAUUCUGUUCCACUUCAAAGAACUGCAAAGUCUGUACUUCAGAGUGUAAUGUGUUUGUGUUUAUUGAUAAAUAAGGGAAUUCUUUUACAUGUGGAUGGAGCUUAACUACCUGACAUCUCUCAUCUACAAAGUACAAAAUACUUUCUUUUGAACACGUCUGAGACCCAACGUUACCAACACAACCGUCAGCAACUGUUGAUUCUCAGUGGGUUUAGCAACACUACCGCCCCCAAACGGACAUGUGAUUGUAAAGUUUGAAAAAGCAAAACACACCCAACAAGAGGGUUGUCAGAAGGGAAAAUUGCAGAAAUUGAACUUCCACUGCAAGCUUAGUGAAUUUGGAUCUGGAGGUGUUAGAACUCACCGCAAGAACUAAACUAUCACUCUCACCAAACUCUGGUCAACCUGGGUUUCAACCAACACUUUUUUUCAGCUCAGUUUUAUUUAGAACGCGCCAGUAACAAUCUUUAUUAUCUGAAGACUCUUGAGCCUGAAACCUUCAGUGUUUCUGUUGGAGCCUCUAAUCAGCGCCUGCUAUAGACGAGACAGGAGUCUAAGGAGAUUUAUGAGCUUCAGACUCAUUAACUGGACUUCACACACCAGACUGUCUGUGAGCGGCAUCGAAUAUCACACGACUAAUUUUGUUGCCUUUGUGAAAAAGUGUCACCAUCUCUCUUUCUGGCCGACUGCCUUUGUUUUUUUAUUUAUUUUUUUGUGUGUGUGUUUGUCUUGCAUCUGCGUGCCAUGAAAUGUCAAAGUCGACUGUGAAAUUACAUAAAACUGUUUCGGGGGCUCCGCUCGCCGUGGGCUCGUUAAGGGAUUUCUGCACCUUCAUGAUCAAACACUGUCUUUUUUUAGUCAUCUGAUUUUAGAGUUUUAAUCUCCACGCUCUCACUCAGACUGGGAGAGUAAACAAAUGAGGCGCUAUCAAGUCUCCACUGUGUGCAGCUCGGUUCUUAAAACUAAUCAAAUAAGGGUUUUCAUUAUUUUUCCUGUUACAGCUUCUCAGAUGUAAGGAUUUGCUCGUUACAGAUAAUAAUAAACGGACAGUUUGGAUGGUUGGUUGAUCAAACCUGUGAAGGGCUACAGUUGAGAAAACAAUAAGCACUAGUUGCAAACCCUUUUGUAUUCCUAUUAUAUUUAAAUUUGUGAUGUAAAUAAUCACAAACAUGUCAAGGUUUUCAACACUGAUUAAUCAGUUGAUAAUUUCCCUCUGCACAUUUUGAGCAGCUAAAAGUCCCGAAAACAAAUAUGUUCUUAACACUUUCCUACAGAAAAGUAACAAAUCCUGACAUUUAAGAAGCUGGAACCGACAAAGAGUUUAGAGACUCUAAAAAGUUCUGAAUCAUCUACAUUUUCCACUGAAUAUUAGCUCUGCUAAUAAAUGGAAGUUGGUCUUUGGUGCCAAAUAGUACACCGCGAACCAUAAAUCACUAAAUAUUACCUUUAAAGGAACAAUUUUGGAAAUACAUGGAGUAAUUUUAGCUAAGCUUAGCAUAAAGAUUAUAAACAGGAGGAAAACAGCUAGCCUAGCUUUGUCUAAAUGUAAAUAAAUCACAUCUAAAGCUCAUUUGUUAAGAUAUGUUGCACAAAAAUGUAAAAGUCGAGUUUUGAGAUGGAUUUACUAGGCUAACUGUUACCGUAUGUUUCCUGUUCUUUUUGCUAAUCCAAGCUAAAAAAUAAAAAUAAAAUAAAAAACUCUCAGCAAGAGCUAACCUUGUCUUAGCCGUAGCUCCUAGUUUUGCAAAACUAUUCCUGAGGUUGAGUUACUUUAUCUUAGCAUAAAGAUCGUAAACAGGGAGGAACAGCUAGCCUAGCUGGGUCCAAAAAUGAAUAAAUUAGGUGUAAUUUAUUACAUAUCUCGUACAAAAAUAAUUUAAAUUUCACCAACUUAUGGUUACACAGGGAGUUUUGUGAUGGAUUUACAAAGCAAAUUGUUACAGUAUGUUUCCUGCUAAUCUAAGCUAACGUAACUCUUCUUUUUCUGUAGCUAACCUUCAAAUCUGUUCCCUCAAUAUGUUUUAUUUUCUGAUAUAAAACUAUGAAAGUCACAACCAAACGAGUCAGGUGUGAAGUUUCAGACACGUUGGAGUGAACAAACGAUGGAGAAACGCAAAUCAGGGUUAAAUUAUGACGUGUUCACUUGUUGCACGAUGAAACUGUUCAAUGCAAUUUUGUUAAAUAUGACAAAAUGUCCAUUUAUUUUCCUAUUUGCUUUGUGAGACCGUUGGAGGAGGAAGUCCCAUUUCUUUCUCUAGACUACUGUAAAUGUUUGUGUGUUUACGGGGGAAAGAAAGUUUGAUACUUGUUUGUGGUGAUUAGCCAAAGAUAUUGUGUAACUUUGGGAUGUGGACAAUCUAGAAUAACUAUCAAUGUAAAAGUAUAUUUUCUAAUCAUACUAGUUUUAUAUAUGAUAUCGUUUAUUUUGCCUGGAGUCGGUUACUUCUGUUCUCCACCAACAUCCUGCUAUGCUAGUGUGUGUACAUAGGUAUUAGCGUACAAUCAACCGUUAGCAUAAUCAAGCUUCUUUAUUACGGUCUAAACCCAGCAUGCUAACUCCUGAUUAGCACAGAGCAAGCAUUUCAAAAACAAGGCCUGAAGUGUCAUUAGUGCAGAAUUCGUCUUGUGUUUCAUUUAUUUUGCCAAACUCAGAGGACGGGACGCUCUGCAGCCACAUACUUACAAGAAUUUAAAGAAAAUAAAUGAACUCACUUUAGCUUCAUCCUAGCACCAAAGACAAUUCUGAAAUGGGAUUUUUUUUUUCAUAACUGUGAUUUCUUAAAAUUUUCUUGUGUUGUUGCCAAACUUCAAACUGCUCAUCUGUUUCAGCCCCAAAAGCCUUUUUUCGAAAUUAACGGGAUGCAAUUCACCAGAUGACCAGCGGGGGGGGGGCAGAACAGAAAUGAUUGGUUCCCGUUAAUGUUGCACAAAAACAAAAAAACAAGUUCCCACAGUUUCACCAGUUCCAUCUGGAGCGCGAAGACACCAGACACCAUGAAUGUCGACGAAAUUCGGAGUGUUGUGGUGAUGAUCGGAGAAAAAUAAGACUUUGGAGACACCGUCCACCAUUUUUCAUUCUACCAACAAAUCCACCGCACUGAACAACCAGAUGGUUGUUAGUAUUUUCUUUUCAGAACAAAAGAGUUUGCUCCGUCUGUGACCCAGCAAUAUGUUUACGUCCGGAUAUAGACGAGAGGGUUACCAAGGCAACGAGAGUCUGGGGCAUCAGCUAACGGCUACAAAGACCUGUGGACUUAGCUAGCUAGAUAGCACAUUAUUUAAUCCACGCAGAGAGCAGCUUGACAUCAUACGUAGGAACAGGAAAUAGUUGCAGGAAGAAGCUCAUGUGGAUUGAAAGGAUGAAAGGGUUCAUUUUCUGGCUCUGAAUUAAAAUACUAUUUCCUAAUGUGGUGUGACAGUCUAAAACCUAGCAUUCCUAUCUGGGAGCUUCAUGUCCUCCAGGUUUUGUGAAUCUGUUUUGUUUUCAGGGCUGUGUGCAAUAAUCCUGGUUCAGGUUGGUCUGGUUCUGGUUCUGGUUCUGGUCGGCGUCGUGCUGAGCUUGUGAUGAGGGUGGGAGGGGCUUGUCCUGACGAUGUGUUUUUGUUUAUAAUGUAAUUCAGUUUUCAUGCACCCUGUGACCUCACACAUGUGACUGAAAAUCUGGAUCAUGAUGUCUGUGAAGCUUAGUGAAAGAUUUCCAGAACUCGUGUAAAACAAACGUCAGUAAACUGUGAGAUUUUAAAA